AUGUCGCUCCUUCAGAACGAAGACUUUGUGCUAUACCAGCUUCGAACCGCCUACCUCUCGUCGAUCAAAGACGGCGUCGGCGAACGCUUGAUCAAUGUCGACUCCAGCGUCCUGAACAGCCCCGCCUUCCGCGCUGCAGGCUGGGUUCCCAACGCCGCCGACAUCAAGCGCACCUAUUCCCCACCAAUACCCACGGCGAUCACCUCGGAAUACUUUCAGGCCCCGCGCUCAGCUGGCCUGAAGUCGCCAGAAGGAUUCGGUGAAGAUGAGGAGGAGGGGGGCAUGGUCACUGGAGGGGGAAGCAACGAUACGGUGGGCCCUACACUGAACGCGAAACGGAGGCGGAGGAAGGAACAGCUGGAGGAGGAUGAUAGCAGUGACCUUAGCGACGAGAGCGAUGAAGAUGACGAUUCGCAAAGACCGGCCAACCAAAUCAAAUUCACCAAGAUGCCACUACGGACGCGCUCCGGAUCGUCGCCCAUGCCUGGAUCAGCCCUACGCAAUGAGUUGGCAGAAGCUGGAGAAGGACCUUCGCUCAUGAUCACAUCCCCAUCCCGGCCACCUGACGAUGCAUUGCGGCGAGGGUCGUUGGACGCUGUAGAUGCGGGCAAAGGCAGACCAAGAAGAGACACCAUAACGAGCAGUGAGAUGUCCUCGGAGAAUGAGUUUGAUAAUUCGUCGUUCAGAAAGAGGAGGGUAAAUCCUCGCAAAGCCGCUGGCGCAAGCCAGUUGCUGUCCAAGCGUAUUGAGGAAGACGCAGCAGGGGCUGUCGGCGCACGCGCACGCCUUGAAGCUCUACACGAAGGCGAUGAAUCAGACGACUCCCUCACAUCCGAAUUCUCUGGCUCCGACGAUAGCGCAUCUCUUAUCGGUGCAGGUGGUGACCCGUUGGACUCCUCUCCCGCAGGUGGUGACCUUCCCACAAUGCCGGGCUUGACACCUUUCCAGAACCUAUCACCAAAAAAGAAGAAAGAGCCCAUUGCGCCAACACUGCAAGCACUGCCUCCACCACGGCCGAUCAGCUUUGUACUGCCAGUAAGCGCGUUGACUCAAGCACUUCGAGCCAAAGAGCAGAAGCCAUCGAAUCCGCUACAGCGCUUUGCUAUGUGGAAUGCUGCUAGCGAAGCUCAACAGAACCCUCUAUACAUCAAACUCUACUACCCAUUCUCGUCUAAGCCUUCGAAACCUGUAGAGCUGCUCAUCCGAAAGUUCAAUGACAAAGGUGAAGGCCCCACUGUCGCGGAAGCGAUCGGAUACGCAUUGCAUCGUUAUCAAGAGGAGAAACUCGAACCGCCACUUUCUCCUGAACAGAUGAAUGUGAACCGCUGGGUCAUGCGCAUGUAUGAUGACGGCGAGGUUGAUGACGAGUUCCCGCCUUUGACUAGGAACAAGCCGUUGAAAGACUUCGCUUCAAACAAUGCUCGUGGUAUGCGCCCUCGAGCGCGAGAUAAGCCAUGGGACGAGUUCGCGCUCGUCGAGGCAUCUCAACGAGAAUUUGGCGAGAACGAGAAGCUCACGCCGAUCUAUAGUCAAGAGGCAGCCAGUGCUGUCGCAUCGCAAAUCGAUGGUCCCGACGAGAAAGAGGAGAAAAAGCCCCUGAAGCCCCUUCCAAGCCGUGCAAAGAGCUUCAGAAACCCCAUUGCCGGACCUUCGUUUGCGCCGACAGCGACGCGCAAGGAUACCAGCAAUCUUGCCGACGUACCAAAGGUACCUCAAACACAUGCUGCUAGCCGCACAGGCGCCCCCAAAACAGUCAACGUCCACUUCACCGACGAGAAUUUCAACACGAAACAUUUCAACAUUCCCUGCACCACGGACACUUACAUUGCUGAUAUAUUCGAUCAAGUAUGUCACGACUUACGCUUGGAGAAAGCCUUGUACAUCCUUAAAGUGAGUGGCAGCACUACAGUAGCGCCACCUGACCGCACCGUGGAGGCUCUCGACACACGAAUGGAUCUGGAUCUCGUGCGUCGACGCUUCGUGGGUGACGGCGUCUAUGGGCUUGCAGGAUCGCCUGGAUCAUCAUCACCCAAUGCACCUCUCAUCAUCAGUACCGGCGGUGCGCCAAAGAAGACAAAGAAGGGUGACCGAACAAAUGCAGCUGUCUCUGGCCAAGGUCUCAUCCAUCCACUCGCCAGAACUGGCGAUUCUGGUGCUCUGGCCCUUACUGCGACGAAUUACUACCGCCGUUAUGCUGUUCUCCGCAAACAACCCAUGUCCUUUGCCUCUUCGACAUCGCGGAUCAUCGCUCUUGAUAACGAGUAUAUACACAUCAUGCCUGGCGAGUCUAAGACUGGGGCGCGUGGUGGUUUUGGUGUUGAAGGCCAAGGCAAGACGACGACUGUGCAUUUCAGCAGUGUAGUUGGUAGCAAGGUCAGCAAAAAGCACCCAAAGAUGUUCCGAGUCAUUGUUUUCAAAGAGAGGGAGACGAAGAGAUAUGACUUUGAAGCUCAGAGCACCAACGAGGCAGUGGAGAUCGUGAGAGAGAUCAAGAAUGGCGUGGAGAGGUUCUCGCAAGGUAUUGUGUAA